ACACCCCAUCGACACCAUGGCUUUUGUUGCGCCUUGUAUGGCAAUCACGCUUGUGCCCUUUGCCAUCAUGUUUGAGGGGGCCAAACUCUUGCGCUCCCCUCUGCUCUUCUCGCAACUCUCGACGACGCUGGUGUCUUUGUUCUGGGUGGCCUUUGGUGCUGUGCUGGCCUUUGGCCUGACGCUGAGCGAGUUUUGGCUUGUUAAGCAUACAUCUGGGCUGACCCUGUCCGUGGCAGGCAUUGCCAAGGAGAUUUUUACCAUCAUGAUAGCCGUCAUUUGUGUACCAGGCAACCACCUCUCUACAGUCAACGUUUUAGGGCUACUCGUCUCGAUUGCCGGCAUUGCCUAUUACAACAUGAUCAAACUCAAAAAAAAUGCCUCCACCACCUCGCCGCAAGGCCCUGCACCGAGCAAGCAGGGUUAUGAGCCAGUAGCAGUGACUGAGACCGACAUCGACCGACUUUAG